AUAUCAAUAUUUAAGGUGCCCUUAUCCUCAACUGAAAUGUGCAUUAUUUUUCUCGAUGGUUGUUUUCUUCUCGAUAGGUCUUUAUGUUCUUGCUGAUCCUAUGACGAAAUAAUAUUCGUACCUUUCUGGAAAUAAAAGGGAAUAUAGUGUGGAAAUAGGUUUUUUGAACUGAUAGUGAAUUACCUAGCUCGUUUUUUAUGUUUGUCUACUGUAUAAUCUUUUGGUGUUGUUUGAUGUUUGUGAAAAUGAGGAUAUUUGAAAAGCUCUAUCUUUAUAAUUGUAGAAAUGGCCAUAUUGUGGAUUCAGAGAUGACCAUGGCUGGUGGUUCGAACCCAUUAUCGGCCACCAUCUCGAAUGCUGGAUCUCCUCCAAGCGCAGCUGUUUUGAACCAAAGAUGUUCCAUAUGUGGUGACAGAGCUACAGGGAAACACUACGGAGCUGCUUCAUGUGAUGGGUGUAAAGGAUUUUUCAGAAGAUCAGUUAGAAAGAAUCACCUAUAUACUUGCCGGUUUAGCAGAAAUUGUGUAGUAGAUAAAGAUAAAAGGAAUCAAUGUCGAUACUGUAGACUAAGAAAAUGUUUCAAAGCUGGCAUGAAGAAAGAAGCUGUACAAAAUGAGAGAGACAGAAUAAGUUUAAGGAGGCCUAGUUAUGAAGAAAAUAAUCAAAAUAAUGGACUUUCAGUCAGUUCAUUGUUAAAUGCAGAAAUGUUGUCGAGACAAGUAGGAGCAGCUUUAGAACAAAUGGGAUCAACGCCAGUAAAUGAUUACGACUUAUCCAACAAACAAUUAGCAAAUAUCAACGACGUUUGUGACUCUAUGAAACAACAAUUACUCAUCUUGGUGGAAUGGGCUAAAUACAUACCUGCUUUCACGGAACUUUUGCUGGACGAUCAGGUAGCUUUACUGAGAGCACAUGCUGGUGAGCAUCUCCUACUUGGCUUGGCGCGGAGAUCAAUGCAUCUGAAAGACAUACUCUUACUAGGAAACAAUUGUAUAAUAACCAAACAUAGUCCCGGUGUUGUGAUGUUAGCAGACUCAAGAAUAUCGCCAGAUCUGGACAUAUCCCGAGUUGGUACAAGAAUCAUGGACGAACUAGUGAAACCGAUGACCGAUGUACAAGUGGAUGACACAGAAUUCGCCUGUUUGAAAGCCAUAGUCUUUUUUGAUCCAAAUGCGAAAGGACUCAGUGAACCUGCCAGAAUAAAGGCUUUAAGGUACCAAAUCCAAAUCAAUCUGGAGGAUUACAUUAGCGACAGGCAAUACGACAGCAGAGGAAGGUUUGGAGAACUUCUUCUCACCUUACCAGCUCUUCAGUCAAUAACGUGGCAAAUGAUUGAACAAAUACAAUUCGCUAAAUUAUUUGGAGUGGCUCAUAUUGACAAUUUACUUCAAGAAAUGUUACUUGGAGGUAACUUCACGUUGUGUGCUAGUAUCGAUACAACUGUUAUUACACCCCAAGCAUCGAGUAAUAACUACCAAAGUACUAGUGAUUCAGCUGAUAGUCCGGUUACAUCACCAACAAUGACACAGUGUAGUAGCCCUUCUGAUCAAGUUAUGAGUGGAACAAUGCCAACGUCACCUCUUUCAGCUAGCAAUGGCCCUAAUGUGGUCAUCAUGAGAGAUGUACCUCUUGAAGAAAAUGCCUAUAUAUCCUUCAAACAAGAGCCUCUUCCAGUUGAAAGUGAAGCACAUAAUUUUCAUAGCUAAUGAUGGAUUUUUCAACCCAAUAAAGAACAUUGGAGAAGAUUAAUAUUGGUGAAAAUUUGGAACAUAAUCAAUCAGUGAUUCAGAAAUUGAAAUAUGCUGUCACUAAUAUUAAGUUAUUUUACAUAAUUAUUUGUCUAUUAUGGACUCUGAGUUUAUCAGAUUUGGAUUAUUUUCAUCAUUUAAGUUGGGAAUAUAUUCAGAAAUUUAAAUUUAUUCAACCUCAACUAAAAGACUAUUCCUACUAUUGUAGGACAAAUCAUAAUAUUCUAGAUGUUAUUUAUCAUAAAUAAGUCGGCCUCUUUCUGUUCUCUCUCUUCAAUUUUUAAUUUGAAUUGAUAUUUUGUGAUUUCAACCUUAGUGCCAGAUUGAAACACUUUGGAAAAUAAAUCUAUCAUGAAAAUUCUAGGUAAAAAUAUUUCCAUUAUCUAGUGUUCAUAUUCUAAUAUGAAUUUUACUAAUCAAAUAUUUAGGUUUGAUGAGUAAUAGUGCUUUCUAUUUUAUUGUUUCUUUUUAUUUAUUGUUGAAAAACAAUAUAUGCCAUACUGAAGGUUCAAUGAGAGUGCCAAAUCAGACUUUAAAAUAAUAUGUGUAUAAUUAAGAACAUUUCACUUGUUUCCAACCAUGAAAUGUGCUUUUUAAGGCUGUGAAAAUUUAGUUUACAUUGAAUAUAAUGUAUAUAAUAAUUGAAAUGAAAGGAAAAAAUUCCUUAAGAUAUAUUUUAGUUUGAGUAAUUCAGGUUGUACUUUUAAAAACGUACAAGCUGGAUUCAGACAACACCAAACUAAUGAAAAAUUUUUGAACCACUUUAUUAAUUGGAAAUUAUUAUUCAAAUGUAUGGAUGCUCAAGAUUUUAUUAAAUGUUACCCAGCUAUGAUUUUUCAUAUUGUACAUAGAAUUCAUUUAAAAAUAUUUUUCGUGUGAUAUAAAUAUUAAACGUUUCGAGGUGAAUUGUUAUGAAAUUAUUUGUUUUUCCUGAGUUGAGAUGCUCACUCUUGAUAUUUUAUUUUAGUUAAAUGUCUAGUGUGGUUUUAUGGUUGAGGAAUGGCUCAAUAUUAGUUUCGAUAAUUGUUAUGAAACUGGUUAUUAUUUACCUUAUUAUCAAUUAGAAAUAUAGGUGUUUGUGUAAAAAUAUAUUAGUUUAUUUUUCAUUGUAACGGUAUCAGAAACUAGUUGAAGUAUAAAUUGAUUACAUUUUCAGAUCAGUGUCCAAAAACAUGUAUAUGUUUUAGAAACAAUUAUUUCUACUUCAACUUUCUUCUAUACCUCAUACACCAAUUUUAAAAGGCUGGAGGUGGCAAUAAAAUGUUAAUUUUUUAUUUUAAUAUACUGAUUCAGAAUA